CUUCAAGAAUCUGAUCGGCCUUUUUUAUGGGUGCUCAUCUGCAGCCUCUGACGUACAAUGAGCCCAAGUUCCAUUCUCCAUUCCUCCAUGCGAAGCUCCUCGUUGCUGCUCCCAGUGGUGGCGCUGGCCUUGCUGCCUGGGGCCUCCGCCACCUCCUCUGCGUCCUCCUCCUCUGUCUCCACUACCAGCGCUCCCUGCGACCCGCAAUACGAGCAGCGCAAUGCCACCACAGGCCAAUGUGACUGCCGCGAAGGCUUCAGCGGCUUCGGCUGCCGCAUGUGCACGCCCAGCGGCGCAUUGGCCUCCACGUCGGUCUCUGACGUCUGCAGCGGCACCUUUGGGCCCGAUUACUCCUGUGUAACGGGGCUCAGCUACGACGCACACGCGAUGCUCAAGACGUACGGCUGCACGCUGUCCACAGACCUGCAGGCGCUGUUCCCGGACGGCGCGCUGGACGUACGCUGCGACCGCGACACGGAGGGCGUGGCCAACUGCACGGCCGCUGUAUUCAAAGCUAAAGAGACUGUGCACAGCGUACACGUCAUUGACUGCAACAUCACACAGUGCGCGUUCGCCACGGGCGACGCCAACGGGGAAUGCGCGCAGAUCGACUGCAAGUGCGGCCCUCAAUGCUCGGCUAUGACCAAAGCGCUGGUGGAGAGCGCGUUAAGUGGCAAACCAGCCAAGAUCGAGGUGACUAAUCAGACGCAACUAGCCAUUGUCAUCGAAGGCUCGCCUAUUCCUCUCUCUGCUACGUGUACAGCGUCAGCGUGCGAACGCACUGGAAGUGGCGGAAGCAGCGCGUCCGGUAGUGGAAGUUCUGGCGGUGAUUCGGGUGGAAUCAGUGGGCUGUGGGUUGCUAUGGUGGCGUGUGCAGCUCUAGCGGCCGCGUUGCUACUGUGUGGAUGUCUCUGCUCGUGCUGCUUGACUGCGAGUAUUCGACGUGGAGAGAUGGAAGACGUGGAGACAGAAAUCCUAAAAUUUACGUCGCGAUCGGUCAAUAUGCUCGAGUUUCAUCAUAUUAGCUGCUACGUGGACGAUACUGAGCCUUUGAAGGCUUCGAGUGAGCCGAAGCGUAUUCUGCACAAGAUUUCGGGUCGUGUAUCACGAGGUGAGGUGCUGGGCUUACUGGGGCCUAGUGGAUCGGGCAAGACGACGCUGUUGAAUGCCCUUGCAGCGGUGGAAAAUGGACGAUCGGAGUUUGCAGGCGAGCUGUUGCUUGAUGGCCAGCGAUUGUCGAAGGGAUACCGCCGCAUUGCUGCCUAUGUACAGCAAGAUGACUCGCUUUAUUCGACUCUUACAGUGCGUGAAUGUAUCUCGUACUCGGCACAGCUUCGUCUUCCUCCGACGUUGUCUGAUUCAGUGAAGAAUGCGAUGGUGGAUCGGGUUAUUGCAGAGCUCAACCUCACUCACGUCGCCAACUCGCGCAUUGGGUCAGUGGGGGGAAAUACUAGCCGGCGAGGAGUGUCUGGAGGUGAGAGGAGACGUGUGAGCAUCGGGAUGGAGCUCGUGACGUCGCCUCAGAUUCUCAUCCUAGACGAACCCACCUCCGGACUUGACAGCUCCUCAGCGCAUUCGGUUGUACAACUCAUGAAGGAUCUGGCGGAUCACGGACGCAUUGUAGUGCUGAGUAUCCAUCAGCCUAGCGCACGAUCUUUUUUACUACUUGACAAGAUUAUGUUGCUUGGGAAGGGUAAAUUGCUUUACAGUGGCGAGCCUGCCGAGUCCAAGAACUACUUUGAAGAGCUUGGCUUUAAGUGCCCCGAGCAUGAGAAUAUUGCGGACUUCAUUCUUGACAUCGCGUCCGACACGAACAAUAUCCCGAUGAUCCGGUCUCGCAUGAAACGAGAGCCUUCCCCGGUCUCUUCAAAACCAGCCACAGUGCGCUCACGUCUACAGACUAUCUCCCCGCGUUUUACAAUCGGCAGUCCUCCACCAAGAGCGGAGUCGUCACCGUUCAUGAAAGAGGAUGCAUCGCUUGACACGCCCCGGUUAGAGAAUAUGUUAGCGUCACCGGUUGGAGUUGGAAUCCCCAGGGAACCAAGCACGCGGGGAAUACCAGCGGGGCCUGGUACACCGCGCAGUCCGCCGCCCCCUUCUUUGGCAGAGACCGAAACGGAUGAGGUGUUUGAUGAUACCAAGACGCCGACCCGAUCGAUGCUGGUUGAGAUUCGUGUGCUCUUUGCUCGUACAGCGCAGAACAUUCUUCGUCACCGGUCAUUGCUCGUGCUACACAUUGCACUGAGUCUGUCACUAGCUCUCUUCGGCGGACUCAUCUUCAAUCACGUGACGAACGACCUCGCAGGGUUCCAGAACCGCAUGGGCGCGUUCUACUUCAUCCUCACGUUCUUCGGGUUUGCGAGCAUGAGCUCGAUGGAUUUGUUCAUUGGUGAGCGUCAGAUUUUCCUUCGCGAAACUGGUGCCAUGUACUACGGAGCGUUCAGCUACUUCCUCGCCAAGGCCAUGCUGGACACAUUGUUGUUGCGGAUAUUGCCGGCAUCUUUGUUUGCGAGUAUUUUCUACUGGAUCAUGGGACUGCAAGCCACCACAGAUCGCUUCCUGUUGUUCUCUCUCACGUUGGUGCUGUUUAACGUGGCAGCUGGUGCAAUCUGCCUCCUCGUGGGUGUCCUAUCAAGGCGCGUUGGAGCUGCAAAUCUGGGUGCGACAGUCGUUCUGCUCGUGAUGCUACUUUUUGGUGGCUUCCUGUUGAACUCUCAAACGAUGCCAUCGUCCGUGGGCUGGCUGAAACAUCUGUCCAUCUUCAGCUACGCGUUCGAGAUCCUGAUGACCAACGAAUUGAAGGGUCUCAUUUUGAAGUUUGACGCUCCCGGUUAUCCGGCCGUGCCCGUGUACGGUGAAGUGUAUCUCAAGACACUUGGUAUGGACUACACCAAUCGGUUCUAUGAUGUGGCAGCGCUCAGCCUGAUUGCGGUGAGCCUACAAGUGCUUGCUUUCCUGUUUUUGUCGCUGCAGGUUCCUCUACACCGUGGCAUGGCCGAUCAUGACGAAGACGAUGAUGUUGCACCACCACGAAAAGAAGAAGUGUAGAUGGAGGAAAUUGAUAUUUGAAGAGUAUUUGUGAUAUGCUAUGUGUCAACGGUAUUGUACCCGAAGUUGUUUUAAUUAUAUUUCCAAACGUAUUGUGCUUUGC